UUUGAAGCUAUACCAGCCAUUGGAAGCAAGCAUGAGAUUAUUGCUAUUCAUGUAUUUUUACUUGAACUUUGCGAAAGGCAAUACCUAUACGGAGACAGAGCAUAAGCAAAAUCUGAUCCAUUAUCUGUUCCCAAAUAAUACAGACAGGAGUUAUAAUAAAUGGGUUCGACCAGUGAAGCAUGCCACCGAUGUAUUGAGGGUUGAGUUCCAGUUGGUGAUUCGACAACUGCUAGAUGUGGACGAGAAGCAUCAACUAAUGAGCACCAACGUAUGGAUGAAACAGAAAUGGAUUGACCGCAACCUACGUUGGGUGCCAGAUGAAUACGGAAACAUUACCUCCAUAAGAAUUCCAUCAGAGUGGUUGUGGCUGCCUGAUGUUGUUAUGAUGGAAAACACCGACGGUAACUUCACUGUAAGCCAUAUGACAAGUGCCCACGUGCGGCAUGAUGGUUCGGUGGCAUGGCAACCACCAGCGUCGCUAAAGAGCUGGUGCUACAUUGAUGUUACUUAUUUCCCUUUCGACGUACAAAACUGCACUAUGAAAUUUGCUUCGUGGACCUAUGGAAACAACACAGUACAACUUGUCCCUAUGGAAACCAAGGUUGACGUCACAAACCUUCUUCAUAACGGGGAGUGGGACAUUGUUGACACUCAUGUUGAACAUACAUCAAGUAGUGAUUCUUCACUUUAUAUAAAAAGGAACACCAUCGAAACGAUAGAAGUUAUGUUUGGUCAGAACGGUAUAUCAUAUUGUUUUGUUAUGAAACGGUUGCCACUAUUCUACAUUGUGUUUCUGAUCACACCGUGUCUAGGAAUUUCGUUCCUUACAGCUCUUGUCUUCUAUCUUCCCUCUGACUCCCAGGAGAAGAUCACUCUCUGCAUCUCAGUGCUCCUGGCUCACACAUUUUACCUUCUUGUGAUUACGGAAAUCAUCCCAUCAACAUCCAAUGCGAUUCCAUUAAUCGGGGAGUACCUCCUCUUCACUAUGAUAUUCAUAACGUUAUCCAUCAUAGUGACAACAACAGUGAUAAACGUUCACUACAGGUCUAACACUACACACAGACCAUUACCGAAGCACCUUCGAUACGUUCUUCUUACCGUGGCUCCCAGCAUUCUAUGCCUGAGGAAGUUUUCAAGUAGAAUCCAAUGGAACUUGCCUCUAAUAAACCUGAGCGCUUCCAUUCUACAACGACGACUAAAAGAAUGCGAAGACGUAACGACGUCACCGUCAAGUCGGCCUUACCCCAACCCUGAAGUGAUCACAGCUUACCAGUGUGUGCGUUUCCUAGUUCGGAGAAUAAAGAAAAAAGUACGACACAGAAGAGAAAAGGAGGAAUGGAUGUAUGCCGCCAUGGUGAUGGACAGAAUAUUUCUGGCUGUUUUUCUCUUUGUAUCGUUGGUAGGCACCAUAGUUUUAUUCCUGCCUGCCCUUGCCAAAUAUCACGAACAUUCCGGAUCAAGAGAAGAGAUGGCAAAUCAUUGAAAAAAAAAAUUUUUUUUUCAUAUUUCCAAGCGAAUUCUAAAAAUUGUUUUAAUUAAAACUGUAGAGUUACUUGUUUAAAGCAAUAAAAAAAUCUAUUACAUUAGUUUA